UCUAAGACUCAAGCUACAGUGUUAGAAAAUAUUCUUUAUACUCGGCGUUUGGAUGCACGAGGGGAUCCUUCCACCUGAUCGUGCAUAGCUGCUACAAAGCAUCUCUGGCCUAUAUACAUAUAUUAUAUAUGCAAAGAUUUUCCCUGGCAGUAGGUGUCUAUUUAAUGGUUCUCCCGAAAUCAUUACCAUAGGGUCCCACCUCCAUGCACAAUGCUCAGUCUUUCUGUGGUAGUGGUCCUGAGACGCUCUGGAUGAGGCUAGUAGCCUUCCUCACUUGUGUUCACUGGCUGAAUCCAGUCUUCACGAAUGCUCAGCUAGCUCCUUGCCUUGAUCGCACAAUACUGCUUUCACAAAAUCAGCUGAUCCAAGCAGAACUUCCUUAUCUGCCUGGUAUAAGGAGGUAAUACUUCUUCACCAAGAGGUAUGGGCACAGUGCUUACCAGGAAGGCAAUUCUGUUGUGGUGGAAGAGGGACAGUUUCCCUUGUGUUCUGUCUGUCUUCUUGCUUCUGUCAUUUAGCCUCUUUUCUCUUUUCCCUCCCCCUUUUCAGUCCCCCAUGCCUCCCAAAACUAUUUUCCUAACCUUAGUAAUACUUGGAUUGAAAGUCGAGUAUUAUAGUCUGAUUCUUCUUAGAGCUCAUAUUCAUAUUUACAAAGAAUUAACUUAAAUAUUAUUUUCACAGAUAAUGAAACAUUCUCAUUCUGGACACCACAGCCUUCAAGAUUCUAUGCUGAAACCAUUAUCUGGUUUGUUCUUCAACCAAAACAGGAACAUCCUGCCACCUCAAGACUCCUCUUUUGUCUGCUUUUCAUGCGGGUCUUCUGGGUCUCCACCCCCAAAGCUGAGCCCUUUUACAGAGUGUGCCGUGUUGCUGGAAAGUUGUGAGUUGCCCAAGCAAGCACCUCCAGUACACAGUGGGCGCAGUGAUAGCUAGAAAAAGUCAGCGAGAGCCAGCAUUUACCUUAAAAGGACGCGUAUCGUGACUUCGGGAGCUGAGGCAGCGGGCGCCGGACCGGUAGCGUGUGACUCAGCCUUGAUAGCAGAAGACAGAUCUUUGAAUCCCCGCCCGUUUAAAGAUGGUGACUGCCAAGGUGUGGGUACUGAAGAAACAUUUUGAGGGCUUCCCCAAAACCAGUGACUUUGAAAUGAAAGAGGUGGCACUGGCAAACCUGAAGGAUGGAGAGAUGCUGCUUGAAUCAGUGUUUCUUAGUGUUGAUCCUUACAUGAGACCAUACAGUAAAAGGGACAUGAAGGAAGGGGAUGUAAUGAUAGGCACGCAGGUUGCCAGGAUUGUAGAGAGCAAGAAUCCAGCUUUUGCAGUAGGGGCCUUCGUUGUGGCUAAUAGUGGAUGGAGAACUCAUUUCAUCUGUGAUGGAAGAGGCCUGAAUCUCCUUCCUUCAAGCUGGCCGGAAUCACUCCCCAAAUCUCUAGCACUUGGGACAAUUGGUACACCAGGCCUCACUGCUUUUGGUCUGUUUGAGGUCUGCAAGAUGAAGCCAGGAAAGACGCUGGUUAAUGCUGCAGCUGGUGCUGUGGGCGCUGUGGUGGGGCAGCUUGCUAAAAUAGGGGUGAGUGGCUUGAAAUGCUCAGACUAGCAUAUUAGAGGACUGUUUUGUGAAACAGAAGAACAAGGCCAUGAAUGAUCAACAGGGCAAACAUUGAUGAAGACAUGCAUUCAGUAAGUUUUUUUUCUGUGGACUGCCUUAAAUGGGCAUGUGGGGAGUGGCACCGGAGGGGAAGUCGGGAAGGGGACGGGGUUGCUGGCCCGGCUCCAUGCGAGGAGACAAUGCGGUCGGAGCUUCCCGCCUUCCACAGCUCCAUCGGUGAGAUUGGGGACUUGGAAUUCUCUUUGUUGAAACUCACUUGUUGUUGUUUAGCGU